AAAGGGAGAUAAAUGAAGAAAUGAAGAGCUUCGCAGAGAACACGAUGAACGAGCUCCUGGGCUGGUACGGCUACGACAAGGUGGAGCUGAGGGAUGGGGAGAGCGGGGAGGGCGUGGACCACCCACAGCACGUCUCUGUGCUUAAAGAGAACUCUUUAACCAAGGUGCCUGUCUCCAUGGAGACCAGCGACGCCUCCCCGGAUCGGGUCCCGGACCCCCGCCCGGCCCCCGCCUCCAGGAACGGAGUCCCGGAGCCCUCCUCCACCGCCACGGCCUCCACCUCUGCACCCCCGGGAGUCAAGGAGCACCCAGGCCUGCCCGUGAUGGUCCCCAUGGUCCCCCCCCGCACAUCAAGCCGCCCCCAGACGAGGACGCGUCCACGGUGCAGAUCGUGUGCGCCUGGUGCCAGAAGGUGGGCGUGCGCCGCUACUCCCUGA